GAAUUGUAUAUUAUAUUAGACAGAAUUGUAAAUGACUCGAAGAUCAGCAAUGAGUCCUCAGAGUUAUAAAAAUCAUAUUACAACAAAAGCUAUGGCAUCUAAUGGUUACAGUGGUACUGAGACUCCUAAGGAGUCCAAAAACCAUUCAUCACCUUCAAUGCCAUGGUUUGGUAUGGAUAUUGGAGGUACAUUAUCCAAAUUAGUGUACUUUGAACCUAAAGAUAUCACAAGGGAUGAAGCAGAUGCUGAAGUAGAGACCUUAAAGAAUAUUAGGCGGUAUUUAACUAAAAAUUCAGCAUAUGGGAAAACAGGUCAUAGAGACACACAUUUACAAAUGGAUAAUGUUUGUAUCAGAGGUAGACGUGGUACAUUACAUUUUAUUAGAUUUCCCACAAGUGAAAUGGGAAACUUUUUAGCAUUAGCAAGGUCUAAAGGUAUGGCAAAUCUUGUAACCACAGUUUGUGCUACUGGUGGUGGAGCAUACAAGUUUGAAAAGAAUUUUAAACAAGAAGUAAAUAUGAAUUUAGCCAAAUUUGAUGAACUGGAUAGUUUAAUACGUGGUAUGCUUUAUAUAGAAACAACAAAUCCACGUGAAUGUUAUUACUGGUCUCAUCCUACGGAUGAUAGUAAAUGUCAGAAGGUUCCUUAUGACUUUUCUGAACCCUAUCCAUUUGUGCUUGUAAAUAUAGGGUCAGGAGUGAGCAUAUUAGCAGUUUAUGGACCAGCAAAUUAUAAAAGAAUAUCUGGGACCAGUCUAGGUGGUGGUACAUUUUUAGGAUUAUGUUGUUUACUAACUGGAUGUAAUACUUUUGAAGAGGCAAUAGAACUAGCAACUGGGGGUGAUAAUACUAGAGUGGACAAACUGGUUAAGGAUAUUUAUGGUGGGGAUUAUGGACCCUUUGGUCUUCCUGGAGAUCUUGUUGCAAGCAGUUUUGGACAAAUGAAUUCUAAAGAUCGGCGAAAUGCUGUUAGUAAAGAAGAUCUUGCACGUGCCACACUCGUUACCAUUACAAACAAUAUUGGUUCUAUCGCGCGUAUGUGCGCUGUCAAUGAAAAAAUUGAGAGGGUAGUAUUUGUUGGAAACUUCCUUAGAGUAAAUCCUAUAUCAAUGAAACUUCUGGCCUAUGCUAUGGAUUAUUGGUCUAAAGGAACAAUGAAAGCUUUGUUCUUAGAACACGAGGUGGAAGUAUUGUACAUGUUGUAUAUGCAGUUACAACGUUACAUCAAAUUUUAA